AUGUCUUCUACCACGACCCUCCUUCCGAUCCCUACCGAAGAUGAGUCUAUCGAAACGACUCGAGAAGACGUCCUCCUUGCCGCCGCCAUCAUUUUCUUCGUAUGACUUUCUACAUGUUUGAUUAAGAACCGUUUGUUUCAGGUCGCAUUUAUCGGUCUGAUCUUCAACUUUCUCGGUAUCACAGUAGUUUUCAAGAAUCCCAUACUGAAAAACUCGUUCGGAUCUUUGUGUUUGAGCCAUUCCAUUGCCAACAGCGGCGUUCUUUUCGUGUUUUUCAUCUGGUCUGCUCCCGCUACUUAUGUGUAAGUUUGGAAGAAUCCAGAAGACGUCGUAACGGAAGGAAUCAAUUACAGACAGGCUUCGAGUACAGAAGGCAUGCUGUCCAAACUGCUGGGACAACUGAACAUCCUCUGUUGGGAUGCCUGUGUUUAUUCUCAUCUCGCCAUUUCUUUCAACCGAUUCUUCUCGAUUGCAAUUCCAGCGAAGGCUUGUUUUGCUUUGUCUAUUCUUUGCUUUCUCAUGACUAAUUUUUUUCAGGCAAGCUUCAUAUUUUCGCCGCGAAACACGCAUAUCAUCAUCGGAAUUGUAUGGUUCAUCGCAUUCUGCCACAUUUUCCCGUAUUUUUGGUGUAAGUAAUGAGGGCGUGCGAACUCGUGUUUUUCUAGUCUGGUUUGCACGUCUACUUGCGAGUGAGUAAGGGAGAGAGCAAACAGUCACACGGAAUGAUUGCUUGUACUAUCGGUGAACUUGUAGUCACACAAAACACAAGUUGUUCCGAUGCAAAUAACACGUUGAGAGUGAUCGGUUGAUCGAACGAUCAUCGACCGUAUUGCAGAUAGCCAGUGCUACAUCACUUACGAUCCGAUAUCAUGGACAUGGAACUUUGCUCCGACCAGCUGUGGAUUCGUAAUAUCCACUUACACAGACUACUACACUUCCGUCGCCAUUUUCAUUGCAAUGACUACAGUUGACUUCUCCACCCUGGUACCCACUUUCCUAUGUUUUCUAUUCCAUAUCUUUUCCUUCUCUCAGACUCUCCUGGUCCUGCAUAGGAAGCACAGUCACUUUGCUUCCACGGAAGAAUCGGGGAAGCGUCGGAAAGUGGAGAUCCGCUUCUUCAUGCAGUCGUGUCUGCAAGGAGCGCUCUUCUUCUACGAGAUAUUCAACUUUUACUACAUCAGCACUUUCAACCCCAACCAAUGGUUCAUCUUUUUCACGACAACCUUCGCCUGGGAGAUCUGCCACUGCCUGGAUGGGUAUUCCUCUCUCUCUCUCUCUCUCCAUCUUCUCUCACUCCCGUUUCCCUUUCAGAUUCGUCGUCGUCCUCUUCCACUUCCGUCGACGAAUCUUCCUCGGAGACGUCAGUCCGGUGAGAGAUCCUCUUCCGUUGGCUCCUUGAGACUCUUUUUGUCAGCAAGCUCCCCGAUCUGUGACUACAUUUCACAAAGCAGCGACCGUUACAAACACGCGGCCGACUAAAAUCAGCCUGCUUUGAAUGGAGGUUCAGUUUUGUCUGUUCGACUGUUUCUUUUCAUUUUCUUGCAGGAAACAGACAAAAUUGGACCAACAAUCUGAAUCCGAAUCUGAAUCUAAAUCCACAUGGCAAUCGACUGAUUUACAGACAAAAGUCCGGCGUUCGGAGCACACUCGGUCCAUCAUCUCAAGGCACUGACAAGGCCGAGCUCUGUGCAGCGGAGCACGCACAAAAAGACUAAUGAGCACCGAGAAAGUGACAUUUCGCACGCCUUCUGCUUGCUGGUCGCACGUUUCUCUCAAAAAUGAGCUUUACGGAACAAUACUCGGAAACGCUUCUCGUCGCAAUGCUCAAUUUCUUUGUAAGUUUAGAUUGAUGAAACAAUCAAAUUGAAUUGGUUACAAAUUAGAUCGGGUUUAUCGGAAUUCUUCUGAAUUGCUUCGCUUUGCUCACAACUCUCAAAUCGGCUCACUUCCAAAACGCGUACGGCACUCUGUCUUUCAAUCAUUCUUCCAUAAAUCUCGCUAUUCUCUUCGUCUACUUCCUGUGGGCGACUCCGAUCACUUACGUGUCAGUUGUCUACAUCCUCGGGCUUUCCGAACAUUUCAUUUAUUUCCAGACAAUCAUCUGACGCCAAUUCAGAAUUCGGAAAGAUAAUAGGGCAACUCUACGUGUUGUUAUGGGUUUCGUUGAUCUACUCUCACCUCGUUCUAUCGCUCAAUCGACUUGUUUCACUCGUGUUUUCCCGCCGGAUCCAUUCGGUUUUCUCCUACAAUCUUUGUAUCACAAUCAUCGUUUUCAUCUGGAUUGUCGGCUUCUGCCACGUAAUCCCCCUUUUCUGGUACGAUAUCUGCUUCUGGACGUAUGACCCUCUCUUUUGGAUAUGGGAUAUGAGCACAACAACUUGCGGACAAAAGUACAGAUUGUUCGUUAUGCAGUACUUUUCCUUCAUUGUCAUGGGGAUCGCUGUGAUCACGAACAUCAUCACAGCGAUUUACAUCAAAACGAAGUGUCCGUUCUCCAAAUUCAAUACGGAAAUCAAGUUGUUUGUGGAGGUGAGACAAGGUGGGACUAGAUUCAUUCAGCGUCGUUUUCAUCUAGACAAUUACGAAAAGUUGUGCAUUUCUGUUGAUAUUGCUCUCGUCCAACGUGCUCGGAAGUUUGUUUCUGGAGAAAUGGCAGCGAUACGUUUUCUCUUCUCUGGCAUGGCAAGUCUAUCACCUGUUCGAUGGGUAUGUCAUUCAGGCAGGAGGAUAUGAGUAAUUGAGAAUUUCAGACUGGUCGUCGUGUUUCUGCAUUUUGAAAGGAAACUGCUCGCCGAGCACCGGGACGCCCAUCCGGUUUCGUUCGUCAACGUCGAGAACCAUCCUCAUCGCGGCCCUCACUCUCAUGAUCCUUUGCAUAAUCAUUACAUCCAUCACCUGCAUCAUCAUUCCGAGUUCUCAAAAGUUGAUACUAUGUAGCAUUCAGAUAAUAAAGUGAAUUUAAUUUCAACUAACGCCAGUGAACGGCAGAUAUUACACGUCAUCAUCUUCCCAUUUCUAAUUUUCUAUCAUUUUACUUUUUCACAGGGAACAAACAAGUUUUCAAAAUUGAUUCAAGCUAAUGGCUAUGCGGGUUUGUUAGAAUGAUUCGAAAGAGAGAAAUGAUUGCUCGCUCAGAAUGAGGAAGCUUCCGGAAAAGGGCGGAAUCGGGAGAAGGAGCAGAAGACGUUGGACAAGAGGAAAUCGCCGAAUGCGCGAGAGCAAGAGCAGAAGACGGCCACUUCAAACAGAGGCCACAAGGGACCGAAGGCGUCGCCAGCGAGUCCGGCUCCGAGAGCAUCGAAUCCAUCGACGGAUCAGAGGAGCGGAACGAGCGCGAAGGUGAAAAAGGUCGGUGUGACAUCUGGAACCCCUCCCGAAUAUUUCACUUUUAGGCGCAACCAGAGCCAAAGUCCCAAAUUUCCGUGUUCGGGCAUCCAGUGGCGACAACUCCUAAAGACUUUCAAUUCCUCGAAGAGAAAAUCUCUAAACUACCGUUUUUUCACGGAUUCAUCGGACGGGAAGACUUAACCGGACUGCUGAAAAAUGUCGGGGACUUCCUGGUCAGGCUGUCUGUUCAGGCGAACAAACACGAGCAGGAGAAGCGGAAAAAGAACAUUGCUGACGUGAAAGUGUUGAUAAAUUUGAGCAGAGAAAAGUAUGCGAAGAAGGAGAAGGAGAAAGAGACGAAGAUGGCGGCGGUCGGAGACGUCGGGAGGAGGGAGUUUGUGAUAUCCGUCAAUUGCAGUGAGUCCCGAUUGUGAUGCAGUAGUACAUGAGUGCGGGACUUCCAGGGGACAAGGAAAAACCGACAAAUGGGAAACCACUGCUCACGCCCAUUCGGAACUUGGUUAUCAAAAGGGAAGACGGAAUGGUGCACGUGGAACCAUCGAAAAAGUUCAAAACGAUGGUAGAGUUCUUUGCGUACUAUCAAAAGAAUUCUGGGAUCUGCAAAGAGGUUCUCAUUCCGUUUGCACCAAUACUUUCAGUUUCUCUUUUCUCAGACCGAUUUCCAACUUCUGAAUGCGAUCCCUCUUUCCAACUGGGAAUUCCUACACGAAGACGUCGAACUACAAGAGAAGAAGCUCGGAGAAGGAGCAUUUGGAGAAGUGCGGGUGGGCAAGAUGAAGACGAAAGAGACGAAGAACACCGUGGAAGUGGCCGUGAAGAUGCUCCGGAAUUCGGACGUCGUCACUCGUGAGCAAGUGGGAGAGCUGCUCCACGAGGCACGAGUUAUGAGAAUGAUGGAUCAUGUGAAUGUGCUCAGCAGUUUUGGAAUCGCAGUGCUCCACGAGCCACUCUACCUGAUGACCGAACUUUGCGCUCGUGAGUUUGAUUCAUGGUUCUCACUCGCAAAUGGGAUGGAUUCAGACGGUGCUCUCCGAGAAUAUCUUCGAGAGAAUCAGAAGACAGUGACACUCGCAGACAAACUGAACUUCGUGCUCGGAUCGGCGCGUGGAGUGGAGUAUCUACACUCUCAAAAGACGAUUCACCGGGAUCUGGCAGUCAGAAAUGUGCUGCUGUCGGAAGACAUGAUAGUCAGUUCGACUGAUGUCCUUUGAAUGAAAACUAUGUCAUUCCAGCCGAAAAUCUCUGAUUUCGGAUUGGCGAAAGUGACGGAACGGUACGAGAUGAAAGAGCAAUGCAAGAUUCCCGUGCGGUACCUGGCUCCAGAGACCCUCGAAAUCUUUGUUUUCACUCCUAAAACGGAUGUCUUCUCAUUUGGAUGUGUCAUUUGGGAGAUCUACGAGAACGGGCAACAACCACACGACGGAAAGAACGCGCAGACAAUCAGAAAUCAGACGAAGAAAAAUCAGUUCCUGAAGUUGACAGCGUCGGCUCCGACAGAACUCCGAAAGAUCGUCUCCGAACGUGUGUUCACCGCGGAUCCCGAGAAUCGAUGCUCCAUGUCAGCUGUAAGAGACGCGCAAGUUGGACCUGUUUCAAUUGUGAUUUCAGAUUGUGCAAUGUGUAGAGAAGAUUGAGAAACCGGUGGCUGGACUGAUGAAGUAA